UCUUAAGAAAGUGCACGUCAACCAAUCAGAGAAAUCCACGACUGACAUGAAAUCAAAAUGUUCGGGAUAAAGCAAGUGCUUGCUUCGAUAUCACUUAUCGUCCUCAUUUCAAACGUUACGACGGAUAAAUGCGAACGAACGAAAAUAGGUAACGAUUACUACAAGCGACAUUUAAUAGCCACCAUCGAUGGCUAUCCUACGGGAAUAGCCAUAGACCCGAGAACAGAACACAUAUUUUUCGUUCUGCAUAAAAAAAAUUACACCAAAGGCAUAUAUCUUUUGAAACACGGCUCCUUGGGGAUCAAGGAACUGCCAGUUUCUGAUGAUAUUAUCGGCCAGUGCGUGGGUAUAGAUGGCGUGAACAAUAUCAUUUAUAUCGGAACAAAUCAAGGAUUAAUCACUUACGAUUAUUCGCAUUCAGAAAUAACAGCAGAGCGACCAAUAGGAGACGAUGACAUACGUAGCAUAUUUAUUGACAAAACCGACAAUCGGAUGUACAUAACAACCGGCGUGAAUCACGAAAUAUUUCGUUUCGUAAACGGCUCAGCCGCAAUAAAGCGAUACGAUAAAAUACCCAAAGCGUACAAUUUCAUUUUGGAUUCGAAAGGGAAUGCAUUUUACGAAUACGUUGACGGCAAAUUGUACUUUUUUUCAAAUGAUUUAUACGAACCAAUACAGUAUAAGGGUUUUACUAGACAAUUGAAGUAUGUGUUACGUCUCAACGUUAACGAUGAAGCCAUCGUCGCUGUGAAAGGUUCCUUAUUCAAGUUGUCAACGGCUAGCGUGUUGCCAGUUAAAAUUGGUCAGCUUGGAUUCAAAAUAACCGGCAUGGCGUUUGAUCAUCGAAAUAAUAUUAUUAUCGGUACUAAAGGUAAGAUAUAUAGAUAUAGACCCAUCGAUACGAACGAUCCCUGUCCACCCGAUGACUAUUUCAUGAGCGGAAUUUGAUAUGGGAAUUUUUAAAUAAAUUAAUUUUGAUAAA